AAUAAUUAACAAGAGUCAUUUUAUCAAUAAAGUGAUCCUUUUUUGAAGAUGUUUUAUGUUUGAGUAAUUCUUCCCUUUACAAAGUGUUUAUUGUGAGAGUAAGUCUUGCUUUUGUCAAGUUUAAUUCGAAACCCUAAAUCUCUUUUUUUUUUUGGUCAAGUUUUAUUUGAAAAUUUGAAAGAGAGUAAAUCUGUCACCUUUAUAUCUCCUCCUGUCCUGCCUCACAUUUCAAAGAUGUUAUAAAGAGAUAAAUUUCAUAAAGUUUAUGCAUUAACUCAACCGUACUCCUGAUUUUUGUGAAGUUGUGACUGCCAAGUUUUUUUUCAAAAAUAAUAUUAUUUUAAUUUUUUUAAGCAUCUAUCAAGCAAUUUCAGCUUUCAAUUUUACAACUUAUUUAAGUGAAAUUUAAUCCUGCACAUGGAGAUACCUGGUUUUACGUGUUCUACUUGUAUGAUGACAUUUACAAGAAAAGAUAACAUGAAAAGACAUACAUUACUAGUUCAUAAAACUAUUUUUAGAGAUAAACAGUCCAAAGAUAAAAGAACUCCAUGUUAUUAUCAAAACUGCACCCAAGUUUUUUUUCAAAAAGUUAAACUAAUUAAACAUAUAGAGGACUGUCAUGAAGGUAUAUUUCACAAAGAAUCCCUUCAUUUUUCAUCAGAAUGUGAAUUCACAGCAUGGAAGGAAAAAGAGGAAGUUGAUAAUUAUGUUUUUUUCAGUAAACAAGCAGGCAGUUUUUUUACUGGAAAUAAUAGUGACAAAGAGGUAAAAACAAGUUAUUUUAUUUGUCAAUAUGAUGGUCAUUCAAAACCACAUCGCUCUGCUAUUGAACCAGCACGAAAAACAAGUAAAAGGUACUACAGAGGGAGUGUUAAAUCGGGUGCUUUUUGCCCUGCCAGGAUGAUUGUCAAGGUAAGCAAAAAUGGAGCCACAAAUGUGCAUUAUAUCAAAACUCAUAAUCACACUAUUGGUAUUACAAAUACCAUGUACCAGCCUAUUCCAGACAAUGUUAAGAAAUGUAUUUCUGCUAAAUUAUCAAUUGGUGUGUCUGUAAAUAAGGUUUAUCAAGAUCUUAGGGAAGGUUUUGGAGACAGACAAAAUAGAAAUAAAGGAGAUGAUUUUCUCACUAAGUCUCAUCUUCUUACCAAAAAGAACAUUUCAGAUAUAAACAGAACAGUAAAAAAGGGAUGUCGACUUCACCCUGAUGAUAGCACUUCAACCUUUUUACUUGUUCAAAAGUUGAAGUCUGAAGAGUUUAAUAGCAUUCUGGUUUUUAAGCCACAAGGACAACAAACUAUUAUUGGGCCUAAAGUGUAUGAUGACAUUGAUUUUAAUAAGGAUUCUUUUGUUAUUGCUAUACAAACAAAGCAUCAACUGUCAAUGUUUGAAAAACAUGCUUCACAAAUUGUUUGUAUAGACUCAACACACUGUACCAAUCAGUACGCAUUUCCUCUUGUAACUUUACUUGUUCGGGAUGAUUUUAAGAGGGGCUAUCCAGUAGCUUUUCUUAUUUCUAAUCAUGCUAACGAACAAACCAUAACACCAUUUUUAGAAGAAAUAAAAAAGAGAUGUAGUAGUUUUGUGAAAGUUAAUGCUGUUAUGACAGAUGAUGAUUCGUCAGGUUGGAAUGCUUUUUGUAAUGUUUUUGGAGAUGUGCGUCACUUGCUAUGUAAAUGGCAUGUAAAACGUGCUUGGCGUAGUAAACUUUCUUUGGCUGGUCCUGCUCAUUUACAAGAAGAAGUUUACAAGAUCUUAGAGACAAUUAUUGAUGAAAAAGAUCCUCAAGUUUUUCUAUCAACAAUGAAUGGAUUUAUCAAGGUGUAUGAACAUAAAUCUCCUAACUUUAUUAAAUACUUUGUCACAUACUAUGCUUCUAGACAUAUAAAAUGGGCUUCUUGUUAUCGCAACUUCCAACAUGCAGAUACUGAUACUAAUAUGUUAUGUGAAUCAUUUCAUAACAAAUUGAAGACAGUUUACAUGGAAAGAAGACCUAAUAAAAGGUUAGAUGACUUGAUUAAUUUACUUCUAAAAAUUGAAGAAGAUAGUUAUUGGCGAUACAAAAGAGACAAUAUUUAUCUAGGUACAAUAUCGCUCCCCAAAUAUUAUAAAAAAAGGCAUGAAAAAGGAAUGUUGAUUUCAGAUAACUGUGUUGUUAAUGUUUAUCAACUCAAUACUCAGUUAAAAGCCAAUCUAAAGAUCUAACAUAUAUUGUUUCCAUUUUAACUAACAUUUGUACAGAAAGUUCGUGUUUAGAGGUAUGUCUAAAUCCUGCUUGCAAUGGUUUGUGUGAGCAUUUGUAUAAGUGUAAUUGUAAUGACACGGUAGUCCUUUGUAAGCAUGUUCACAAGUUACAAUCAUUCCUUCUGAAAACUCAAGAAAAAGAUUUUGAAAAAGUAUCUGUGGCUGUUGAUAUAAAUGAUAAUCAAA